AUGAUCUACACUAAGAUCUUCCUGUCUCUCGGCCUCGUGGCCCCCAUUUUGGCCCAGUCCAACUAUACCUUUCCCGAUGGCUUCGAUCUGAACCAGGUCGAGUCGACUACCAAGAGCGGCUGGUGUCGGGGACAGCUCAAUAACUGCCCGCAAGUUUGCGGCGGUUCAUCCAAGGUUAACCGCUGCGACAGGGAGACGCUUGAAUUCACCUGCACCUGUUCCAACGGCACCGAGGCCAAUGUAGAAGAAUACCUGGACACAAUUCCCUUCUAUGUUUGCUUGGAAAAUUACAAGCAGUGCAUCUCGCAUUCCACCACCCAGGACGGCGACGACGAGUGCACAGCUGGUAAGGACAAGUGUGGCAGCAAAAAUGCCUCUGCUCCCACCACCACUUCGUCCUCACCCAGUUCCUCGACUACCCUGUCUUCUGAGACCAGCGGUUCGUCCAAUGGCGAUCAGACUGGAAACGACGCGACGGCUACCGACUCAAGCGACAGCUCUACCCCAACUGAUGGCGCGAUGAGUCUGAUGCAGAACUAUGGAUUGGCCGGUUUUGCGACCGUGGUGGUUGCUGCGUUUACGCUGCUAUAA